CGUACCGACGUUAUAUGGAAAAUACGGAUCUGCCAGGCGCAUUUAUUCUCCGCUAUCCGAGAAGAAGCGCACGGUGGAAAACGUUUAUGAGGACUAAAAGAAACCAGCCGUGAUUCAUGGACGUCCAUCAUGAGAAUACUACAUCUACCAACAAGAUCUCACGUAUGGCUUCUGAUGUGAUGCUGGGAGGACCUGGCAUGGACCGCUGUGUCUAAAUGAAGUGGUUCAGCCAUGCAAUGUUCCUGGAAGGCAGUGAUUCUGCUGGCUUUGGCCUCCAUUGCCAUCCAGUACACGGCCAUCCGGACACUCACCUCCAAGCCUUUCCAGCUGUGCCCGUUGCCCAGCCCCCAGAACUGUGGUCUGGGGGGCCAGGAGACAGAACCUCCCUUUGAGCGGGGAGCAGCAGGCGGUGGAGGCUGUGAUGACUACCCUUACUUUUCCAUCAAUGCCACCCGUAAAACGCACAUCCUGGUCCUGGCCACCACCCGUAGCGGCUCCUCCUUUGUUGGCCAGCUGCUCAACCAGCACCAGGAGGUUUUCUACCUGUUUGAGCCUCUUUAUCAUGUUCAGACCACACUGAUCCCACGUCUGUCCCACAGCCGCAAUGCUGCAGAUCGGCGCGUGAUGCUAGGUGCCAGUCGAGACCUCCUGCGAAGUCUGUACGGAUGCGACCUCUAUUUCCUGGAGAGCUACAUAAAGCCGACACCCACCAACCACACCACGGAUAAACUGUUCCGCCGUGGUGCCAGCCGAGCGUUAUGCCAGCAACCUGUAUGUGAUGCCUUUGGUCCUGGAUUGUUAACGUGGAGGAGGGGGGACUGUGUUAAGAAAUGUGCGUCUCUCAACAUGACCUUAGCAACAGAGGCGUGCCGGGAGAAAAGCUGUGACAGUGGGCUAGUAAUGGUGCACUUCCUCCACAUGCCUGACCCCCGCACACAGUUUGCAGCCUGCCUCCCAUGUGUCGGUGUGUCUCUGGGCUCUCGCUGA